UCCCUCACUCACUCAUCACUGUGUGCCUCUCUCUCUCUCUCCUUCAUACUUAUUGACACAGUCACUUUCAUUUUGCCGUCACCGAACACUUUUCUAGAGCAAUGACUUUGUUGAAGUCUCGAGAAAUAGUUUCAACACUGAAAUCUAAAUCUCCACCCGAAAGUGUGAGAAAAGAGGUUAUCGAGCCAACGACACCAUCAAAAACCCUAGAACCAUUAACGCAAUGGUCAAACAACACUACGCCUAGUUCGAGUUCUUUGGCUCCUAUUCCGUAUACUCUAGGAUUGGGGUUAGAUUUGAAUUCCGUAUCGGUUUAUGGAACUUUUCCUAGACGGAGUGCCCGACUGGCUUCGAAAUCGAGUUCCGAUGAAAUGAGAGAUAAUGCUGCAAUUUUAUGUCAAAAAAGAAAAAAUGUUGUUGCUACUGACUUUAAUUCGGGGAAUGUUGUGGGAGAGCUUGGAGGUAGCAGCGGAAAUAAUGAAAUGAAAAUUGUAAAUGGGGUUCAAAAAUUGGGAGUGGCGAAAGUCAGGUUUUCAGAGCGAAAUGGAAGGAAAAGUGGGGUUUUGGAAGAGAAGGAAGGUAUUGUGGAGAAGAAAAUGGGAUUAGGUGAUUCGAUUUCAGCUGUGGAGGAAUUUGAAGUGGUGAGAGGUGUGGGUGAAUUUGGGUUGAGUUCUGGAUCAGGGAGUUUGGGUGAGAGCAAAGGGAAAGGGAAGAGGAAAUUGGGCCUUGAUGUUGAUUUAUCGGGGCUGGAAUUGGUGGGAGAGGGUGAGAAAAGUAAAAGGUAUUUGAAUUUGCGAUCGGGCAAGAAAAUUGCAAAGAGAGGAAUGGGAGGAAUUGGUGGCGGUCGUGGUGGUGGUUUUGGAGGAGGUGAUUACAAUGAGGAUGAUGAGAUGGUUCAUGAAAAUGAAAAGAGUGGUAAUUAUAAAGAAAGUAUGGGAUUGGUGAAUGAUGGGGGUGGAGAGGGUGUUAUGAACAAUGAGUCAGAGAGAGGCCUGAGGGUAGAAGAAAAUGGUAGUGUUAAGGGCAGAAGGAGAUUUACUAGGAAAGAGAAAGGGAAAGGCAAAUAUAAUGACCAGGCUUUGAUUAUAAACGGUGUUCAUCAACUGAAAUUGGACUCGGGGGCCAAAGUGGAGAUAUCAAUUGGUAAUGCAGUUUCAGAUGCUGUGAAUCUGCUUGAAAAUUUUGAUUCAGAGAAAGACUUGAUUCCCAAUGAGGGGCUUAUGGCUAGAAGGAGGUUCAGCAGAGAAGAAAAGGGGAAAGGGAAACUAGUUGGGGAUGAGUUGGUAUCAAAAGGUGUUGAUGCAGAGUUGGUUUUGGAAUCUAAAGUAGAAAAAUCACUUGAAAAUAUAGGAUCUGAUGCUAUCCGAUCGAUGGACAAGGAGAUUUCUGAGAGGGUGCAUUCUUCAAGAAGGGGUUACAGGGAACGAUUCCGAGAUGUUGCUAGGCAGAAUGCAUCACGCUUUGCUCAUUUCUCUUCCCAAGAGGGAGAAGAGAACGAUGCUGCAGAUGAGGCUGCUACUGAAAUGAGACAAAGGGAAGCAGAAGACUGGCCAGGUCCCUUUUCGACUGCUAUGAAGAUUAUUAGGGAUCGAGAGGUGAACGUGAAUGCGCAACAGACAAAUUCCUCUUCAGCAAAAAGCAGAUCUGCAUCAGUGGUUUGGGUUCCCAGAAGGAGUCAGCAACUUGACUGCUCAAAGCAAUUGGUUCCCUCACUCCAAGAACUGUGUAUGACAAUUCUUGCCAAAAAUGCGGAUGCAAUCACUUCACUCGAUAUUGUCCCUGAUAUUCUGAGGCACAAGCUAACUCAGUUACUUUGUGAUUCUCGGAGAAUGAAUGAUCAUUUUCUUAACCUCCUUGUAAGCAAAUCUCCUACAGAGAUACGGGUAAGGGACUGCUCAUGGCUCACUGAGGAGCAAUUCAUGAAGAACUUUGAAGGCUGUGACACCAAUAACUUGACGGUGCUACAACUUGACCAAUGUGGACGCUGUAUGCCAGAUUAUAUUCUAUUUGCUACCUUAGAUCGCCUAUCAAACAGCUUGCCUGUGUUAACUACUAUAUCCUUGAAGGGUGCAUGUCGUCUUUCUGAUGUCGGGCUAAGUGCACUUGUUUCUUCUGCCCCUGCUUUAAGAUCCGUGAAUCUCAGCCAGUGCUCCCUGCUUACCUUGGACGGUAUCAACAGUUUAGCUAACUCACUGGGAUCAGUGCUAAGGGAGUUAUAUAUAGAUGACUGUCAAAGCAUAGAUGCUAUGCUUAUUCUGCCUGCGUUGUCAAAACUUGAACAUUUGGAAGUGUUGUCGGUAGCUGGCAUCCAAACUGUUUGUGAUGAUUUUGUCAGUGAAUUUGUAGCUGUACGUGGUCAGAAUAUGAAGGAACUUCUUUUGACAAACUGUGUGAAUUUGACCGAUACUUCCCUGAAAGUCAUCGCAGAAUAUUGCCCUGGAUUAUAUGUAAUGGAUCUUACUAACUUGUGCAAAUUGACGGAUUCGGCAAUUGGAUAUCUUGCUAAUGGUUGUGGAGCAAUUCAAACACUUAGACUUUGCCGCAAUGGAUUCAGUGAUGAAGCUGUUGCUGCGUAUAUUGAGACUUGCGGACAGACUUUGAAAGAAUUGUCACUUAAUAAUGUUAACAAGGUUGCUGACAACACUGCUAUAUCGCUUGCAAGAUGUUCAAGAAAUUUAAUUAGUUUGGAUUUAUCUUGGUGCCGAAAUUUGACAGAUGAAGCCCUUGGAUUGAUUGUGGAUAGCUGCUUAUCGCUGAAAGUGCUCAAAAUAUUUGGCUGUACUCAGAUUACCAAUGUAUUUCUGGAUGGCCACUCAAAUCCACAGGUGCGAAUUAUCGGAUUGAAAAUGGCCCCGAUAUUAGAACAUCUCAAGGUGCCUGAUCUUCAAGGACCUCUGCAUUAUUCUUCUGUUUCUUCGCCAAUGCUUCCAUUUCACUUCUAUACCAACUACCACUCCCCCUCCCCCUCUUUCAACGAACUUUUGAACUCCUGUUUCUCUCUUUCGGAACUCAAACGAAUCCAUGGACUGAUCCUCACAAAUGGGUCCCACCGAAACCUCUUCUUGUCAACAAAGCUGAUCAAUCUCGCCUGCUCUUUAGCACCAACAAUGGAGUAUGCCCGUAAACUCUUUGACAAAAUGCCUCAAAGAGACGUAUUCCUCUGGAACACCUUGAUUCGAGGCUAUGCCGAUCUGGGUCCUUGCCGCGAAGCCAUAGUUCUUUAUAGAAAUAUGCAUCAGAGUGGAUUGUUACCCGAUAACUAUACUUUCCCUUUUGUUGUUCGGUCAUGUGCUGUGCUUUCGGCCUUGAGGGAAGGGACAGAAGUGCACUGUAAUAUAAUCAAGAAUGGGUUUGAUAUGGAUGUAUUUGUAAAGAGUUCUUUGGUUACAAUGUAUUCGGAGAGCGGAGAGACUUGGAGUUCGGAGCUUGUUUUUGAUGAAAUGGUUGUAAGGAACAUAGUUUCUUGGACAGCUAUGAUUUCCGCGUAUGUGCAAAAUGGAUUUUUCGACAUGGGGUUGGGUGUUUUUCGAGAGAUGAUGGCUUCGGGGACUCGGCCGAAUGCUGUUACACUUGUCAGCAUUCUUCCAGCCUGUGCUGGUUUGGAGUUUUUGAACUUAGGUAUGUUGAUUCAUGGCUAUGGGAUGAAACUGGGAGUGGACUCGGAAAUCUCAUUGGUUAAUGCUUUGAUUGCCUUGUAUGGUAAGUGUGGGAACAUUGAUAUAGCUAGAUAUUUGUUUGACCAGAUGGCAGUCCGAAGUGUGGUGUCUUGGAAUGCCAUGAUUGCUGCUUAUGAACAUAAUAAUGCUGGUGCAGAUGCAGUUAAGCUCUUUCGUCUGAUGCAAACUCAGAAGGUAGAAUUUGAUUAUAUUACCAUGGUUAGUGUGAUUUCUGCUUGUGCUAGUUUGGGAGCUUCCAACACUGGAAAAUGGGUGCAUGAGCUUGUGAGGAGUAAAGGUUUUGAAAACAAUAAUUCGGUCACCAAUGCACUAAUUGAUAUGUAUGCGAAGUGUGGAAACAUAGAUUUGGCCAGGGGUGUUUUUGAAAGGUUGCCUAAUAAGAAUGUUGUGGCCUGGACUUCAAUUAUAGGGGCUUGUGCAUCUCAUGGGCAUGGGCAGGAUGCUCUCAUGCUCUUCUCCAAGAUGAAAGAAGAAGGAAUUAGGCCAAAUAGCUUAACCUUCACUGCUGUUUUGACUGCUUGCAGGCAUUCAGGUCUUGUGGAAGAAGGGAGGAAGCAUUUUGAAAGUAUGACAAGAGACUACUCAAUCGUGCCUGGUGUAGAACAAUGUGCUUGUAUGGUUGAUCUUCUUGGCCGAGCUGAUCGAUUGAUGGAGGCAUAUGAAUUUAUCGAGAAUAUGCCCAAUCAUCCAGAUGUGAGUGUUUGGGGAGCUUUGCUUGGUGCUUGCAGAAUCCAUGGUAAUCUUGAGCUGGCAGAACUUGUGGCAGAUCGAUUGUUCCAUUUUAACCCUCAAACUGUUUCUUUCUAUGUCCUUAUGAUAAAUAUCUAUGCUGAAGCUGGUAGGUGGGAGGAUGUAGCAAGAUUGAGAAAAUUGAUGGAGGCAAGGGAACUGAAAAAGAUUCCUGGUCAAAGUUUAGUUGAGGUUAAUCGAAGGUUUCAUAUGUUUCUAUCUGGUUCCAGGUCCAAGCUUUCCCGAGAGAGGUUCAUUCAACUUGAUCAUAUUUAUCCCGAGCCUUGCCACAAUACUCAUCCUUGA